UCUCCGUCGAAAAUGUUGGAACCCGUUCUCCCGAGAGAGGGCUUAGACCGUUCGAGCAUGGAUUGUGCAUUGAGAGUUCUUGGAGGUGAUCGUGUCAAAAAUGGGGGCGCGAGUUGCACGGUUGUUUAGGAAUUUUAAUUUAGAAAACCGAGUACAUCGUGAGAUUGGGAAGGCAAAACCUGAAGUGGCACCCCGACAUCUGACCCAUAUUGAUCCUGUUCAGAGUACAGAGGUUACUGAGAUCAAUGAUGCCAUCCACAAGAGAAACGACCCCCUCCUGGUGUUGCUGAAGUCUGUGUAUGUGGAAUCAAAGGAUCCUACCGAGGCUCCAAAGGAGAUGACUGAGGAGAACGUGGAGGAGCGCAGACCACUGAAGUUCAGCCUGCCGGGGGACCCCUAUGGGAUUGUAGAGAUCACUGAUGUCCCCAAAGGCAAACUGUCUAUUGUUGAGGCACUAAAAGCUCUGAACAAUCACAAGAAUGCUCCCCAAACAUGGACAUUGGACAAGGUUGCCCAGGAGUACUCUCUUGACUCGAGAGACACUAAAGCACUUCUAGAGCAUUUCAUCCCCUUCGAGGUGAAGAUCAUUCCUCCCAAGACGAAGGACGACGCAAAGCAGAUCAAAGAUACCUAGGACAAAUAUGCAGUAUACCUGGCCUUUUAAAGACCUCUAUCAGCCAAGUGAAUUAUUUAUGUAUGUUAAUGUACUAUAAGGUUGUCUGCCUUGCUUCAAGGUUCAGGAUAGGAAUAGAGAACGUGUGGAAUUAUUUGUUUUUCUGUUACGAAACGAGGGAGACGCAUGAUUUUAAACCCAGUACACUACUGUUAACGCUACUCCAAGGAAAGCUAGCUUCAUUGUGGGAAUGUGUUAUUUUUUUUAUUUUUUUUUAUUUAACCUUUAUUUAACCAGGUAGGCAAAUUGAGAACACGUUCUCAUUUACAAUUGCGACCUGGCAAUUGCGACCUGUUAAUCAGUGUUGUAAACGGCAAGGUCGUAACGCUACUCCAUAUGAUUGGUGUCAAUCGUCAGCAAAUCUCAAUACACAUUUUAAUAAUGACUAAAUCAACCAAUUAUAUAAUUGUAUGAAUGACGUGAUAUUGGCCUGCAAAUCCAUUCAUGCUACUUCGCUAAUUACUUUCCUAACAAGGCUUUCAUCCCUGUGUCACAACUGACAGUAAAUUGACUGUCACUUGCUAAUUUGGCAUCUUUCUACAAAUCGCAAUGUACUCUCUUCAAUUUUUCAUUUAUAUGAGCCAAUGUUAUGUAUUUUUGUAAUUCCUAUUAAGAGUGGAAAACAUUUUGAUGUUGGAUUUUUUUGUCUUCCGUGGGUAUCCAAGCAAGCACUUGUGUUUUAAAUACUGUAUCAUGAUUAUAUACACUACAUGACCAAAAGUA